AUGAGCACCACAACCAACAGUGGUGUUGAAUUCGUAACGCCACUACCAAAAACCGAACUGAAUGAAGCAACUGCAGCCAUGUUUCAUGAGCUAAUUGCUGCAGCCUCUCAGAUUCCAGGGCAUGCCAAUAAUAACACGGAAGAAGAGGUCCAGCGAGCGUGUGAAGAAUUCAAUGUCAGACUGAUUCAAGCCCUGACAGAGAAUCCAGUGCUGGCAAGGGUGGUUGGCAGCAGUGACUCGUUGUUGUUUAUUAUGGCAUACGUACUAUGGGUUGCGGCAUUGAAGAUAUCACCCCCCCUUCAUAUCAUUGCGGGGCACGAUUGUCAUUAUCAACUAAUGUGUUGGAUUGCCGAGACCCAUCCUUGGGUGUUGGAUCAUACCACUACUGCUGUGGCAAACCGGCGCCCUCCUGUCUUUGAUUUUCUUGGACAAUAUACUGCGGCCAAUUCCAACUGUUCGGCAUCCACCGUGCGUCGUUUUUUCCAAGCCUACCCCAAAGGUCUUGCUCAAAAGAACAGCCCCCGCUACCACGGAUAUACUGCGUUAGCUUCCAUCCUCGGGGGCGCCACGGAAUGCAAUGCCGAUCUCUUUCGGUGGAUGGCGGAGCAACAUCCACGGGGCAUGACAUACAAGACUAUGGGCUAUUCGGUUCUGGGCCUCGUUUGUGCCGGUUUGCAAGAGUUUUCACACUACGGCAAUGAUUCCGUCGAAAUCAUCCAAUACUUGAUCCAAACAUGCCCCAAACUCGUCAGCCAAAAAUCAUUGCAUCAGGGGAAUCUGCCCAUCCAUGCCCUGGUCAAGAAAUGCAAUCGCCUCGAGGUUCAAAAUGCAGUCAUUCUCUUGUUGAAGGCUUUUCCAGAGUCUUAUAACAUGCCCUCGGAAUUGAAUGGAAAAGCUCCCAGCGAAUAUCCUUUCAUUGAACAAAUCAUGCCAUUGAUUGCCAAGGAGAUGGAACUCACAGGAUCCAUCUCUCUGUUGAAAGAUUUAUCAAUGAACUUUUACAAGGCCAUUUCAGAUGUCAGCAGCAGCAACAACAACAACAACAACAACAAUCCUCUCCUACACAAGGUUGCCAAUGUUUUGGAUUCUUGGUGCAAGGAUUGUGUGACCAUUAUCGAGGUUGACCAAUUACAAGGACUACCAGCUCAAAUUUUGGCCGUCCAGUACCGGUACGACUUUGUAGGUUCCGACGUGGAAUCAUCAUCCGAUGAGGAGGAGCAAGCAAUUUUUUGA